CUUGAGAGAAACAUGGGUGGUUUAUCAAGAAUCGGUAUCUUUGAUGUGACCUGCAUUCCUUUGUCACACUACGAGACAUUUGCCGCAGCACUUGGCGUAGAUCAAGGUCUCACGAAAAUCUCGCCACAACCCCUCACAAAGAAAUUCAUCUAUUGGCUCAGCUUUAAUGUUGAAUACCAAGGAAAAACAACAGCUGAGCUGCUGGAGCUAUGGGUCAAAGAUGCCACAACAGUCUUAUCUGCCCGGGCGGCAGGGACUCAACUUGACCUCUACAAAGUCAUAGCUGAAAGGAAGGUGCAUUGCUUCAUUGGUACGGAUGUGCCAGACGAGGUUGACAAGUUGUCUUUCGCACUCCCUUUGAUGCAAGAGAAUGGGGCCAAUGUACAGAUAGAGUGUCGGGCAGUACAACUCUUGGAAGAAUACACCACAAGAAUCAUGACUGAGAACAUACAAUAACAUUAGCAACCUGCCUCUGAACAGUCAAAUGAUGUGAAACAGAUCCUUCAUGUGAUAGCAUUUAAAAAGUUGGUCUAGUUGGAUUAUGUAUAGUUGGAUUAUAUAUUGUAGUCAUUAUGUUUCAUUG